UUGAGCACCAAUUUUUGGUCUUUUAAAAAUACGAAGCUAGCACUCUGACAAACUCAGUUGCUAAUGAGGGUUCUCUAGGUACAAAUCUACUAAAAAUCAAAAGAAAACUAAUGUUGAAAGCGUGGGUUCUUGUGCUGUUCGCCAACUUUGUGCUUGUGACUCCCGCAACGCUUGUGCCGCGCAUCAGCAACGCAAAUGGCUUCCAACUGAAGCCGGGAAAUGAUCAGUAUACAUUAAGCAUUCGGCAUCCAGAUGGGAAGAGUUCGCGGGAGGAGACUGUCAAGGAGAUUGCACCCGGCAUCCUGGAGGUGAGGGGUGCACUCAAUCAGCAUUUCGAGAACCAGGGCAAUCUUGUGGUCAUCUACGAGGCGGGGCCCAAUGGAUAUGUGGCCAAGUAUAUCUAUAAGGGUGCAGGCAAAAAAGAAGAGCCCAUGUUUCAAUUUGCACUUAGUGCAACAGUUCUAAAGUCAACAGCUGGUUAAAUUUAUAUGUAAAUAGUGUUCAAUUAAAUAAAUUAAUAAUUAGUGAUA